ACCCAAAAUACCCCUCUCUUCUCUUUCGUUUGCUUAUAUUCUUCCAUCGUUCCCAUUCUACCCCUCUCCAAGCUUUUUCUUCGUCUUCUUCUUCUUUCUCUCCUCCUUCGCUUCUCAAUAGCAAUGGCGGAGGGGGUUGAUGGGGAGGAGAGGAGGAAGAGCCCUCUUCAUGGCAUCGAGAACUCGAUCCCCGUCGCUGUGAAGGAGCUCGUGGCUGGUGGCGUGGCUGGGGGUUUCGCCAAGACUGCUGUCGCACCGCUUGAGCGCGUUAAGAUACUCUUUCAGACUAGAAGAGCAGAAUUUCGGACUGCUGGGUUAUUUGGUUCCUUCCAAAAGAUUGCCAAGACAGAAGGCUUAAUGGGGUUUUACAGGGGAAAUGGAGCUAGUGUUGCUCGAAUUGUUCCUUAUGCAGCUUUGCACUACAUGGCUUAUGAAGAAUACCGCAGGUGGAUAAUACUUGCUUUUCCUAAUAUAGGAAGAGGGCCAGUUCUUGAUCUUGUUUCAGGUUCUAUCGCUGGUGGAACUGCAGUCAUUUUCACCUAUCCUCUUGAUUUAGUUCGUACCAAAUUGGCUUUUCAGGUUGUUGAAACACCCAAGUUGAGAGCCCAAGGUUUAUCCCAACCUGGGAUCAUUUAUAGAGGAAUAUUUGAUUGUAUUUCAAAGAUCUUUAAACAACAUGGAGUAAGAGGCCUCUAUAGGGGUGUUGGUCCAUCUUUAUAUGGAAUUUUCCCAUAUUCUGGUUUGAAGUUUUACUUUUAUGAGGAGAUGAAGUCUCAUGUUCCAGAAAAGCACAAAAAGGAUAUUAUCGUGAAGCUUGCAUGUGGAUCUGUUGCUGGUUUAAUAGGCCAGACAAUGACCUACCCUCUUGAUGUUAUUAGGCGACAAAUGCAGGUUGAAGCUCUUUCAGCAUCAGAACAUGGACUGACAAAGGGAACUUAUGAAAGCUUUGUUUCAAUUGUUCAAAAUCAAGGAUGGAGGCAACUAUUUUCAGGGUUGAGUAUCAACUAUCUGAAGGUUGUGCCUUCAGUGGCAAUUGGAUUUACAGUUUAUGAUGUGAUGAAGUCAUGGCUCAAGGUUCCCUCUCGAGAGGAAGUUGCCGCUCAGGUGGUUAGAGAAGAAACAAGCGGUCAACUGUCUUCCCUUCACUCUGGUUAAAAUCAUAAACUGAGGUCUGAGCAGGUGUUACUCCAGUCCCAUAUAUGCUAAUGAAGAAUUUGAUUCUUUUGGAACUCUAAUGUUAGGUGUAAUUCAUGAACGGUAUUCAUCCAUUCACUCUGUACAGCAUUGAAAAUUUUCAUGCUCUGCCUUUUUGCUUAGAGCAUACAUUUUUCAUGUAAAGUUGUUCAAUAAGCCAUUGAAAAGCUUGGCACAUGUACUUGCGAGGGAUCAAGAAGGAAAAAAAGAAAAGAAAUAUUCUAUCUUUUUA